UUAUCGUAGUGUGUUUGGAGUAGUAACAUUCUUGUCUUUUUCUUCAUUUUGUUUUUAUUUGUGUCUGUGAAAAUGAAAUUUGUAAUCACGUGAAUGUCUCUCUUCUCCUUUUAGCCUCUCAUAUAAGAACCCUACCACCCUCUCAUUACCCUCUUUCUUUCUCUCUCUGACCCAAUCCCUUUGUACUGUCCACUGUUUCUCUCUCAUAUCCAUCCAUGACUCCUGUAACCCCAAAUCCACCAGGUCCUAAGUCCUUUCAACAAGGUCAAAACCAGUCCUUCAGUGUUUCUCCUGUUAAUCAGGACCCUCCUGCCUUGUUUAAUUUACUUGGACAGUUUCAAGAAAAUCAUGAUCCUAAGGAUCAUAAGCUGGUACAUCAUUAUGGCGGAUCAUCAUCAUCGACCAAUCAUCGACAACUCUAUAAUUCAUCUAAUUCAUCGAGUAACUCAGCUAUGGUUGAUCAAAGGAGUGCGCGUGACACAAAUUUAUCAUCAUCCAUGGAGGUGGAAGAUAGCGGCAAAAGAAAUGGCGACGGAUUGGGGAAAUGGACGUCUUCGAAGAUGAGGUUGAUGAAAAAAUUGAUGAUCCCAGAAAGAAGUUAUGAUGCAGCCACAAAUGAAGAGAAAGCAAUUAUCAACACAAGUGCUAGUGCUGCCACAACUCCAUCAAAUAGAGGAUUUCAAAAUGAAAGGUACAAUCAAGGAAGCCCUACUGCUAGGGCUUGUGUUGAGUGUCAAACUACCUCUACCCCACUUUGGAGGAGUGGCCCUAUGGGUCCUAAGUCACUCUGCAAUGCUUGUGGAAUUAGACAGAGGAAGGCAAUAAGGGCUGAGGAAGAAGCUGGAAAUAGUUUGUUCACUUCCACAAAGACCAGAGGACUUAACAAAGAAAAAGAAAAGAAACUUCUUGUGAACAAAUGUACACAAUUCAAGAAGAAGAACAAGACUAUUGCAACUACUGCGGCUAGUACUACAGGAAGUAGUUCAUCCGAAGAUCCGGAGAGACUUGAAUAUUUUUUAUUAAAGGUGAGGGAAAAAUCAGGUUACGAGUAUACUAGUGAGGAAGUAGUUGAUUAUGCACUACUUCUAAUGGAUAUAUCUUGUGGUUAUAUUUACCCUUAAAAAAGGGUUUUGGAUUCUCUCAUGUAAGAAUUUUACAAUGAGGGGUGAGGGGUUCAUAAAUUUUGAGUGUUGGUUUUGUUUAUUUUACUUUUAUAAUAAAAAUAAUUAGUCACUA